AGGAGCUGUGGUCGCGCACCUGUUUUAGAUGAAUUACGGUAGCCCAAACUGUGCUCCGAACACAGACACAAGCCGAGUAAUUCUACACUGAUUUCUCGCCGUAUGACCGAGGGAUAGACGGGAUGCCAAUAACUCCACCUAGAGCCAUCUCUUGGACCCAAGGAAAGGUGACAUUGUGAAUAAACAAGACAAAGAAAGAAACAACAGAAGCGGAGAAGGAGAGAGGACGCGAAGAGCCACAAAAGCCGCGUGCUUUUUUUCUCUCUCUCUCCAUCCAACUUCCAAGAAGCGCGACCAUGCCGCACAUGAGCUAGUGGCGAUUAUUGUUCCGACUUUAUCACCGACUGAGUGAUCCGUUUCAGCGCGGAGGCCGACAGAAGAGAAAGCAAAGAACCAAUAAAGACUUGUCGCCGAAAGUAAUGGUGGCGCGGUAUCAAUCUUAGAUCAAGACUUUUUUGCUGUGUUCCUUGCUCAUUUCUCAGCGCGUUGGGGACUCUCCCUCCCGGACAUUUGGCCAGACCUGGAAGCAAGCAGUCCACAUGGUCCAGCCCGCAGUGUGAAAGUUGACUUCUUCAGAAUUUACGAACAGGUGCCCCGUGAUGAUGGUGGAAUCAGCAACUGAGACCAUUCGCACUACGCCCUCCUCCAAUCAGAAUGGAGUGAGCAGCCUCACCAGCCAAUCGGAGAGCGGCGGCCGCGAGGCGGGAGCCAAUGGAGACGCCAACGGGGAGAUCAGCCCCGUCGACCUCCUGCACCUCCAGCAGCAGCAGGCUCUUCAGGCGGCUCGUCAGUUCCUCCUGCAGCAGGCCACAGGCCUCAGCUCUCCCUCCAGCAACGAGGUCAAACAGAGCGCAGUACAGGUUCCCGUCUCCAUGGCUAUGAUGACUCCUCAGAUGAUCACCCCUCAGCAGAUGCAGCAGAUCCUCUCCCCUCCACAGCUACAGGCCUUACUGCAGCAGCAACAGGCUCUCAUGCUACAGCAGCUGCAGGAGUACUAUAAGAAGCAACAGGAGCAGCUUCAUCUGCAACUCCUCACACAGCAGCAGGCCGGCAAGCCAGCCAAGGAGUCGUUGGGCAGUAAGCAGUUGGCUUUCCAGCAGCAGCUGAUUCAGAUGCAGCAGCUCCAGCAGCAGCACAUCCUGAACCUGCAGAGACAAGGACUGGUGGGCAUACAGCCUGGACAACCCAUACUGCAGCAAGCAGCCAUGUGUCCCCCGGAGCUGCAGCAGCUGUGGAAGGAUGUGGCUGGCGUCGGCAGCAUGGGGGGCGUAAGUGUGGGGAUGAUGGGGGGCGUCGGUGCGGGGGGCGUAGGGGUGCCCCCUCCUCCUGCGGAGGAGCCGGUGAAGCACGAGGGCCUGGACCUCACCACCAACAGCUCCAACUCUACCUCAUACUCCUCCACCAAGGCCUCCUCGCACCUCCCCCACCACACACUGCCCAAUGGAGGCACACCGCUACACACCCCAAAGAGAGACAGAGCAAGACUCUUUGAGUGGAUCUCCUCCUUCAGCAAAGAGAGCAGUGAUGAACACCUCAAUCCUUACUCCAAACCCUCUGCCCACCAUGAGGAGCAUGCUGGUUCCCACCCCCUGUAUGGCCAUGGGGAGUGCAAGUGGCCCGGCUGCGAGGCGCUCUGCGAGGACAUGGGACAGUUCCUCAAGCAUCUGAAUAAUGAGCAUGCUCUGGAUGACCGCAGUACAGCUCAGUGCCGAGUCCAGAUGCAGGUGGUUCAACAGCUGGAGAUACAGCUGGCUAAGGAGAGUGAGCGACUUCAGGCGAUGAUGACACACCUCCACAUGCGACCCUCAGAGCCAAAGCCCUUCAACCAACCUCUGAACCUGGCCUCCAGUGCGUCCUUGCUGAAGAGGGACAGUGAGGUGGCGUUUCCUGAAGGCCUCCCGCACCCUCCCACCUCAGCAGCUGCACCAAUCACACCUCUCCGUACCGGCCCCUCUGUCAUAAGCUCCUCCUCCCUGCACGGCCCUGUGGGGCCCAUACGCAGACGCAACUCCGACAAGUACUGCACCCCCAUCGCAUCAGAGCUUGCGCAGAAUUGUGAGUUCUACAAGAAUGCAGAUGUCAGACCCCCAUACACCUAUGCCUCUCUGAUACGGCAUGCCAUCCUGGAGUCCCCCGAUAGACAGCUGACUCUGAACGAGAUCUACAACUGGUUCACGCGGAUGUUCGCCUACUUCAGGAGAAACACAGCCACAUGGAAGAAUGCCGUGCGUCAUAACCUGAGCCUGCAUAAGUGUUUUGUGCGCGUGGAGAACGUGAAGGGGGCCGUGUGGACCGUGGACGAGGUCGAGUACCAAAAGAGGAGACCACCAAAGAUGACCGGAAGCCCGACUCUGGUGAAGAACAUGAUUUCAGGACUCGGCUUCGGAUCCCUCAAUGCCAGCUACCAGGCGGCACUGGCGGAGAGUAGUUUGUCCCUGCUGGGCAGCCCGUCAUUGGUCAACACCACCACCGGGGGCAGUGUCGGAGUCGGCGUGGUGGGCAGCGUCGGGGGUAGCGGCGCCACCGCUAGCAGCCUCAACAUGCUGCACGUGGGGCACGACGACGUCAGCAGCACUGUGGAACAGGUCAACAGCAACGGCAGCUGCAGCCCCGGACUCUCUCCACAGCAGUACGGCCACCAGGUGCAUGUCAAAGAGGAGCCUACGGAGAUCGAGGAGGACAGCCGGCCGGUGUCUCUGAUUGCCAGCGUGGGCCAGACCAUCUCUCUGAGCAUGCCCAGUGACGACCGCGAUCUGGAGGAGGACAUGCCCACCGAGGAGUUGGAGUGAUUGGACAACUCCUGCACAGGGGGGAGGGGCCUAGCUCCUCAGCUGCCCCCUAUUGGAGGAGAGGAAGGAAGAGAGAAGCGAGAAGAGGAGAGAAGAUGAUGAUGAUGAUGAUGAUGAUGAUGUAAUGACCACAAACAAUUGAGGACGGAAAAAAAGAAAAAGAAAGAAGAGGAACUAAAGUGAUUGAGAAGAAGAAAAAAUGAAAAGAAGCAACAACGUUGUCAACUUAAAACCAAAACAGGGUUUGACCUUACCUGCGCUACAUGCAAAAACAACACAACACAGAACAGCCAUUUUGUUUUACCACCCCUCUCCCUUGUAAGCCCCUCCCCCAUGAAAAUGACAUGAAAUAUAUAUUAUAUUUACGACCCCUUACACACGCGCACGCACAUACACACACACACCACACACACACACACACACACA